AGCCCGCUUCCACUGACAGAGCAGCACAUCUCUGAGACAACGAGCUGAGCGCAUCCACAGUGCGCACUAACAGACAUAUGGAUCAUUUAUCAGAGGCUUUGUGCUGAAAAACUGACUGAAGAGCGGCGAGGACACCUUUUCCCAGCUGCGACUUGUUUAAACUCCAAUUUGGACUCAGUGAGGACAGUUUUUAUUCUUACUAUUGUUUUAUUUUUGCUUAAUUAGUGAAGAUGGAGGAAAGAGGUGGGAGCGGGUUGUUGGCGCUUCUGUGCGUCUUUUUGGUGACUUUGGCUGCCGUCGCUGAAGGAAAAACGGUGAAAUAUCAGACGUUUGAGGAGGACGCGCCGGGCACGGUGAUCGGAAACUUGGCCAGGGACAUGUCCUCCGCGUCCAGGAACAGCUUCAGGAUGAUGAAACAGUUCAACUCGUCCUUCAUCCGUCUGCGGGAGAGCGACGGGCAGCUGAGCAUCGGGGAGCGGAUCGACCGGGAGCGGAUCUGCCGGCACACCCUGCACUGCCUCAUCGCCUUCGACGUGGUCAGCUUCUCCAAAGAGCAGUUCAAGCUGAUCCACGUGGAGGUGGAGGUCAAGGACAUCAACGACAACUCCCCGGAGUUCCCGCGGAGGGAGUCCAGCCUGGAGAUCUCGGAGAACACGGCGGUGGGCACGCGCGUCCCGCUGGACUUCGCCGUGGACGAGGACGUGGGGCUGAACUACAUCCAGAGUUACCAGAUCUCCGUGAACAGCCACUUCUCGAUUGACGUGCUGAGCAGGGCGGACGGGGUUAAAUAUGCGGAGCUGGUGCUCAUGAAGGAGCUGGACCGCGAGACGCAGGGCUCUUACGCGCUGGAGCUGGUGGCCAUGGACGGCGGGAACCCGUCCCGCAGCGGAACGACCCGCAUCAACGUGAAGGUGAAGGACUACAACGACAACAGCCCGGUGUUCGACAGGAACAGCUUCACCGUGGAGCUGCCCGAGGACGCGCCGCCGGGCUCCCUCCUCCUGGACCUGAACGCGGAGGACCCGGACGAGGGUCUGAACGGUGAGGUGGUGUACGGGUUCGGGAACCAGGUGCCCCCUGAGAUCCGACACCUGUUCAGGGUGGACAGGAAGACCGGGCGGCUCACCCUGGAGAGCCCGGUGGACUUCGAAACCAAAAAUACUUACGAGUUCGACGUCCAGGCCACGGACCUGGGUCCGAACCCGAGCCCGGCCAUCUGUAAAAUCGUCGUGCAGGUGCAGGACGUGAACGACAACGCGCCAGAGAUCUCCAUCACCCCCAUGACGUCCAUCACAGCCGGGAUCGCGUACAUCACCGAGGCCGCGGCCAGGGAGAGCUUCGUGGCUCUGGUCAGCACCUCGGACAGAGACUCGGGGGCGAACGGGCAGGUUCACUGCACCCUGUACGGACACGACCACUUCCGGCUGCAGCAGGCCUACGAGGACAGCUUCAUGAUCGUCAGCACCAACCCUCUGGACCGGGAGAAGAUCCCCGAGUACAACCUGACGGUGGUGGCGGAGGACCUGGGCUCCCCCCCGUUCAGAACCAUCACCCAGUACACGAUCAGGCUGACGGAUGAGAACGAUAACGCCCCGCUGUUCAGUAAGCCUGUGUAUGAGGUGGCCGUGGUGGAGAACAAUGCGCCCGGAGCCUACAUCACCACGGUGGUGGCGCGAGACCUGGACAUGGGCUCAAACGGGAAGGUCACCUACAAACUGGCGGACACGUACCUGAUGGGCUCUCCCAUCUCCACCUUCGUGUCUCUGGACCCGGCCAGCGGGUCCCUCUACGCGCUCCGGAGUUUCAACUUUGAGGUGAUGAAGCAGCUGGAGCUGCGGAUCACGGCCAGCGACGGCGGCUCGCCCCCGCUGACCGGCAGCGCGAACGUUUACGUGCGCGUCGUGGAUCAGAACGACAACGCGCCGGUCAUCAGCCACCCCGCGCUGCACAACGGCUCCGCGGAGGUGCUCCUGCCCCGGGACGCGCCCUCCGGCUACGUGGUCACCCGGGUGGAGGCGCGCGACGCGGACGAGGGCGUGAACGCGGAGCUGACCUUCGGGCUGGCCACCGGGGAGCCCACGGUGUUCUCCGUGAACCGAGCCACGGGGGAGAUCUACCUGAACCGGGUGCUGAGCCACGACGUGGACGAGACCCUGAGCGUCACGGUGACGGUGAGCGACAGCGGGCGGCCCGCGCUCACCUCCACGGCCACGCUGCACUUCCUCAUCAUCGCGGGACCCCCGCCGAGCGACCGGACCGUCUACCAGCCGGACGCCGGGGACGACGCGCUCGCGCAGUGGGACCUGUCCGUGGUGAUCAUCGUGGUGCUCGCGGGCAGCUGCACGCUCCUGCUGCUCGCCAUCAUCCUCAUCGCCACCACCUGCAACCGGCGCAAGCGCGACAAGAGCGGAGAGGACAGCGACUCGUACGGCGGGGAGAAGGGCACGCUGGAGCGCGCCAGGAACCACGCGGGGGACAACCCGCUGCUGCCCCUCCACGGGGCCGCGGGGGGAGAGGUCUUUGAGGGGCACUCCUACAGCAGUCAGCCCGGAGGAUUCACCCCGGCUCACCCCGGAGGCAGCGACAUGUGCUCAGCCUCAGAGGACGGCAGCGAGGUGCCCUGUGUGUACGAGUCAGACAGCAACAGCAAACUGCGAGGGAACAAACAUGAGGGUUACUCCACCCUGCCUGGCUAUGGGAACGGUAAGGAGGCGGUGAGACCCAUCACCAUCUGGAAAGGGAACUCUUACACCACCAUCUCUGCCAGGGACCCAGCCUUCAGUGGCAAAGACAGCGGCAAGGGGGACAGUGACUUCAACGACAGUGACAGUGAUGUCAGCGGAGACGCUGGUGUGAAGAAGGAUGGAGCUGUGGCUCCUCCAGUGGGGGUCCAAAAUGCGCUGUGGGCCUGCACCAGUGAAUGUAAAGUCCUGGGUCACUCGGAUAGAUGCUGGAGCCCCACAGCCACCAGAGCCAACGCAGCCCCCUCCCCAGCGCCCACCACCAUGUCCUCCUUCAGCACCCUGCCCAAAACGGCCUCACUGCCCCGGGACCCUCACCGCAGGGAGAACUACUACCAGGCCCACAUCCCCAAAACAGUGGGGCUGCAGAGCGUGUACGAGAAGGUGCUGCACAGGGAGUACGACUACGUGCUGGUCACCCCGCCCAGGCCGGUGAGGGUGCAGGAGACCAGUGACGUGGCCAUCCCUGUUUACACCCCCACCCCAACGCACUGUCCCAAUAAUGACGUUUAAAACAACGAGCAGACUUCACAAACACUCUCAGACUUUUAAUUUAUGAUUCUUGAAAAUAUGAGAGCGAUGAGACUCUUUGAAGCCAUGUGUCGUGAGAAGUGUGUACACAUACUGUAUUUGUCUUUCUGUUUCCACCCGAGCCACAUUUAAAGGCACUCAUUGUAAACUUUUAAAUCAAACACUUAAAAAAAGCUUAUCUUGAGCUAUAUCAAACAGUGGGGUUUGAACAAAUUUACACCAGCAGUUUUCCACAUAUAUUGGUAGGCAAUUCUGAAAUGAUGGUAUGCAAUCAAUGUAAACAAAACACUCAACACAAAUUUAAUCAUACGUACUAAUAUGCCAAAAUUGUUGAACUUCUUGUUCCCAAACAUCAUAUUUGUUGAACUGUUUCCAGUCACUUCAGCAAAUUUUACUUACAAAGUUUUAACAACAACACAUUUACCUAAAAGAAGCUUAUUAAUUAGUUUUUACUUCUUUUCAAAUUCUUUUCAUUCACUUUGAAACAUUUGUUGAACAUGAAGUGUAUCAUAAUAUGCAAGAAUUGUACAUAAAGAGAAUAUAUUUUUAUAUAUACUUAAAAAAUAAUUGGGCAAAAAAUGUGUAAAUAUAUGUAAUUAUAGAUCUUUAAGCAUGCUUACUAUUUAAAACAGCCCCAACUGUUCGGGGUUGAGGGCGAGGGACCCAAAAUGUAUCAAGUUGAUAACAAUGUAUGGAAAUAUUUGAAUGCAAUAAUGAUUCAUUGUACAGACUUUUUUUAAAAUCCUGGCGAUGUUCUAAAGGAAAAUAAACUGAACUGAACUAUUA